UAAAAAGAGGACCCCCCUUACACCUAGGGCAAGGCAAGCAGGGAUGGAUGGAUCGCGCGAGCUGCCCAUUGACAUCGCCUACGCCAAGCUAGCUGAUUGGCUCGUUGAUCGCCGCUGGAUGCAUGGCGAGUGGAGGAAGAAACUCGCGCAGAUCCGUGCCAGAAUCGCCCCGGCGUUUGCCCGCCUGCCCAAGCAGGGCGACCCAUGGCUGCUGAGCUUGAGCCCCGAGUCUGUGGGAUACCUGGAAGCACGCAGGAUCCGGGACAUCGCCCUCAGCACAAGCGCCGCCCAACCAGACAAGGGUGUCUUUGCCCGGCUAGCCACGUCCGGUCCAGGGAGGGAAUGGGACGCCAUUGUGCAUGCUUACGAGAAAGACAAUCUCUAUCUGGGCGAGGCCGCGCAACUCAUGCUCCACAACGUGAAUUACGACAUCCCCUUUGUAAAGAAGCAGAUCGCCAGGCUGCAACAGCAGCUGGCAGACCUGGAGCGUAAAGAGGCCGAGUUCAAGCGCAAUGCCCUUGCAUCGGCUUCCAAGUACCAACACGCCUGCCGGGAGCUUGGCAUCGCAGGAGUGAACGUGAGGAGCGAGCUCUUGGCCAGCGUCAGCUCUUUGCCUGGGAUUCUCUCCACUCUCAAGGACAUCCUUUGUCGUCGCAGAGUUGAUGACGCCGUGCACCUCUAUGAGGUCUACGCCUCGUAUGCUCACACGUACGCUCAGGUUCAAGGCUCGGUCCUUCUGGCAGCUUUGAAGGAUGUUCGGGACACUCCGUUGGAUGUCGGGACCGACUUUCCUCCCCAUGAUAACACUGACCCUGCAGCAGGAGUGCCUGGCGCACAAGGCAUCCAGUGUGACCAGCUACCUGAGGCUGCUACUCAGCUGGAAACUGACGAGAUACAAUGGGAUAUAGAUCUGGCUGACACAAGGCUAGUGGAGUCCAAGUGUGACGACGACGAGGAGAGCGCGGGAAUCGUGUGGGAUAUUGACGUGGAACAGGGUGCUGAAGGUCACGAGGAUCCAUUGGGAUUCGAAAAGGCUGGUUCGGCAGUCCAAGGCUAUGGCUCUUCUCUUGCUCCGUUUUGUCGCCUGGUGGACUCCCAGUAUCGAAACAAUCUUCUGAGUGAUCUCCUUGAGGUGAGAGCAUUUCUUGUUCAGAGAGUGGAGGAGCUGGACAACAGUGCGACAGCAGCACUGCAGAGCCAGAUACAGGCAGUUGCCUCGGCGUCUUUACCGCAAUACAGCUCCCAGGUCUUGAAAGAAAUGGGGGGCGACAUCUCCGUAGCGCUGGACUUGGUGACGAGCAGCAGGACGAGAGACUUGGUGCUCAUGUUAACGUCGGAGAGGUUUGUGGACAGGCUAGAGGCGUCGCUCAAGGAGAAGAAACAGAGCGAGGCCAAGUGUCUCAACAGCUUGAGGGAUGUAGAGCACAAGAAGGUGGAGCUGCGGAACGCUUUGUCGUCGUCAUGGCCCAAGCAGGAAGAGCUCGUCUCCAAGACGCGAGAGCUCAAGCGCAGCGUGGAGGAGGCCCUGUCCCGCCUCUACAGCGGCAGGCUCGUCAAUAUAAUCGGGGAGAUAAACGUUGUUGUGUAGAAACAAAGGGUUCGACUCGCAAAAGAUAAAAGUAGGGGA